CAUCCCGGGCGCGCCUCCGCCGCCAAGCGCUCCUGGCCCCGGGGCUGCUUCGCCGAGGACUCGCAGUAUUUAGGGCCCCGCCGGGAUCCCAUCGGCGCGGCCUCUGCGAGAGACAUCGCUCAUCGCCAGCCAUGGACGGGGACAGAGUGGAGAUAGACGGCGGGAUCAUGGAGGGGGGCGGGCAGAUCCUGCGGGUGUCCACGGCGCUGAGCUGCCUGCUGGGGCUGCCCGUACGGGUGCGCCGGAUCCGCGCCGGGCGGAGCCAGCCCGGCCUCAGACCUCAGCAUCUGUCUGGAUUGGAGAUCAUUCGAGAUCUGUGUGAUGGGAAGCUGAAUGGUGGUGAAAUUGGCUCAACAGAAAUAACCUUCACUCCUGGGAAGAUCAAAGGUGGAACCCACAUAGCAGAUACAAAAACAGCAGGGAGUGUGUGUCUACUGAUGCAGGUAGCAAUGCCCUGUGUGCUGUUUGCUGCUUCCCCAUCAGAGCUUCAUUUAAAAGGUGGGACUAAUGCGGAGAUGGCUCCUCAGAUAGACUACACAGUCAUGGUUUUCAAGCCAGUAGUCGAAAAGUUCAACUUCACAUUUAAUUGUGACAUAAAAAGGAGGGGUUACUACCCUCAAGGAGGUGGUGAAGUUGUAGUCCAGAUGUCUCCAGUCAAAGAGCUGAGCCCAAUAAACUUAACAGAACGUGGCACAGUGACAAAGAUUUAUGGAAGGGCAUUUGUUGCUGGAGCACUGCCUAUCAAACUGGCAAAAGACAUGUCAGCAGCAGCAGUGAGAUGCAUCAGAAGAGAAAUCAGAGAUCUUUACAUUAACAUUCAGCCUGUCAGAGAACCUGAUGAUCAAGCUGUUGGGACUGGAAGUGGAAUAAUUAUUAUUGCAGAGACUUCAACAGGUUGUUUGCUAGCUGGGUCAUCACUUGGCAAGAGAGGAAAAAAUGCUGACAAAGUUGGCAUUGAAGCAGCUGAGAUGCUGCUUCAGAAUCUUAAACAUGGUGGAACUGUGGAUGAUUCUCUGCAAGACCAACUGAUCAUUUUUAUGGCACUAGCAAAGGGGGUGUCUAGAGUGAAAAGUGGACCAAUUACACUUCAUACUCAAACAGCUAUACACUUUGCAGAGCAGCUAACAAAGGCCAAAUUUACUAUAACAAAAUCAGAAGAGGAAGAUCCCAGUAAUGAUACCUACAUCAUUGAGUGCCAAGGAAUGGGGAUGAUAAACCCAAACUUAUAGUGUUAAAAAAAAAAAAAAAAAAAGGCGGUAAGCUGCCACAAGCAACACCCAGCAUACCUCAGUGAUGUAUUGCACUACACUUCAGUGGAUGUAUAAUCUGCCUGAAGAGGAGGAGCCUUCUGUCACAUCAGAGUGAUUUAACUUGAAGGUUGAUGUCAAGCUUUUCCUUGGUAUGGUGAGAAUCAGUCAUGUGAAAAAUGAAAACUUUACUUUUUUUUUUUAAUAUUAGCAGCAAAAUGAGUAGCAACAGGACAGCAAUUAGAAUAUACUGUAUGUAUGCAAGAGCUUCAGUUAGAAGCUUUGAAUUUUACCCAAGUAGAAAAUAACUAUUUUAGUUUGGUAUUUCUUUCCCUUUUAACAAAUGAAAGCUUUGUUCUCUGGAAACCUUUAUGUUAUGAGGUACAUGGAAUGAAAUGCACCAUCAAAUCUGUAUUGCUGUUCUUCCUUAGCCAUUUGCUAAAUAAUAAAGCAGUAUCACUCUA